CACGCGCAGACCAACUCUUUACUACGAGCUGAGAGGAGCUCGAGCGGCGCGUGUCAACAGAAAACUCCGGUAAAAAAAACAAAACAACAACUUUAUUUCUCCAGAGAACAAAGUGGGACCCGAGUGUGACAGGACCUCUCGGCUCGGCUCGGCUCGGCUCCGACCCCCUCCGAAGUUCACCCCAAAGAGAGAGAAAGAGAAGAGAAGAGAAGAGUUGCUGGAGAGGGAGAGAGACAUUUUGAAAUCUUCUGUGGAGGAGGAGGUGAAGAAGAAGAAGAAGAAGUCAGAAGAACCGGCCGCAGCGUCGAACAAGUUUUUCUUUCUGUUUAUAAUGCCGAAGGAGAAGGAGAGAGUGAGAUGGUGUCGGUGAACUAGUGUCUCUCACACAGACAGAAAGAGAAGAGUUGUCCUCGGGUUAUUUUGGUUUCUGCCUCCAACAUCACUCACACCAGUAACGAGAAGGAGGAGAAGAAGGAGAAGAAGCUCUGCAGGGGGACGAGGCUCAGUGGUGGGCACAGAUUUUCUGGCCGUGUGGAGCUCCUGCUGCUGACUGAAUGCAGAGGGAAAACUGAAAGCUGAUCUCCAGACCUCCCUGCCGCGUUAGGGGAGAUUGUUAGAUGUGUACCCAACACUCUAAGCCCCUGGCCUGGCCGUGGGGAUGGCAGCCUCUGCCCUGAACCUGAACGGCCUAGGAGUCAUGAACAGCAGUAAUCAGUUUCACACCCAGUCAGGCUCCUCUAGUACCACCUCCCGAACCAGAACCAGCCCCGUCGCCCGACCGGUGCUGCCGGUUCCAGAUCGAAGCACCUACUGCCAGUUACUGGGUGGAGGUCUCUACAGCCCCACCAGCCCCGGGACGAGCCCCCCACCCCUCGGUCAAACCUUUGCCCUUCCCACUUCAUCCUCGCUCUGCCCAAGCCCCUCCCCUCGUGCUCGCUCCCCCUCCCCGCGGAGCCCGGAGCUUCUAGGAGUCAAUGUGGGCCAGCGGGUCCGACGCUUGAGUUCGUCCGGCGGUGAGGAGAGCAGGGAAGGAGACGGGCUGGACGAGAGGGGAGGAGAGUCGGGAGAGGGGGGCAGGCGAGAGGGGAGGAGACGCCAAGCGCAGCUGCUGCAAAUCCACAGAGAGCUGCAGAACGUUGAGGUCAGGGGAAAAGUUGGCAUUUUCGAGGCCCACAUUUCCGGGAUUCGUGCCCAGGUGCUUAACAACGAGCUCCAGCGCAGCCCUCGAUCUCCGAGACGAUCAACAUCACAUCACAGCCAAGGGAACACAACUCUUACAUGCCCAAUGACCCAGCCGCAAGAGAGUCCCUCUGUUGUCCAAAAUGGGGGAGAAAAGGGAGAAGAAGUAACGGCAGGAGAAAGGAGAGAAGGAGAAAGGAACGACAGCCCCGCUACAAAAAUGAACACUGAGAACAAGACGCUGAUUGGUCUAAAUGGCCGCCAUUCAGAAACGGUGAUGCAAACUCCUUGUUUAGAUGGGUUUGUUGUUCAGGGUUCCCUUGAGGCUUUCGACCCAAAUGCAAAAACAGGCCGAGAGAAACAGGAGGGAGAAAUUCUGGGAGCAAAUGAGGGAGAAAAAGACCGAGGGGAGGGAGAAGACCAACUUCUGGAAGUUGAAAGAGAACGGACAGAGGAAGAGGUGAGAGAUGAGAAAGAGAACUGGUUGUGUCCCGAGAUGCUCCAGACAGAGGCAAACAGGCUGGAGGUUAACCCUGGAACCGCUGCUUUGUGUGAGGCACAAAGCAGUAAGAGCUCCCGUUGUUUGGACAUCACCGAUCAGACCUACAACCACUCUUCCUCCAUCCCUGCAGUCAUAAUAACUGACCACGGAUUGGAGAGCCAGCUUCAAACUUCCGAUGGCCCCGGCUCAGACCAGGGAAUAUGCUGCACCCCAAGUCCCGGUUCCAGCCCUGUCCCUGGGCCAAACUUCUCCUCACGCUCCCUCAGGAAGCUUUCGUCCUCCUCUGCCUCGUCGGCCGGGUUCUCCUCGUCUUGGGAAGAGUCGGAGGAGGAUAUUUCCAGUGAUACAGAGAAAGGGGAGCAGCUCCUCAACCCUGCAGUCCUCAGUUCUCAACAGAAAGCACACAAGUCUUGGAAGAAGAUUAAGAACAUGGUCCACUGGUCUCCGUUUGUCAUGUCCUUCAAGAAGAAAUAUCCCUGGAUACAACUGGCAGGGCAUGCAGGGAGUUUCAAGGCGGGAGCCAACGGCCGCAUUUUAAAAAAACACUGUGAAUGUGAGCAGCGCUGCUUGUCCCUCCUGAUGAGGGACGUGCUGCGCCCCUACGUCCCUGGUUACCAUGGAGAUGUAGAGAAGGACGGCCAGAAGUACAACCAGAUGGAGGAUCUGCUGGCCGAGUUCGACUUUCCAUGUGUGAUGGACUGUAAAAUGGGAGUGAGGACCUACCUUGAGGAAGAACUGACCAAGGCUCGUAAGAAGCCUUCUCCGAGACCUGACAUGUAUCAGAAAAUGGUCGAGGUUGAUCCUGCGGCGGCUACACUCGAGGAAAACGAAAAGAAAGUGGUGACCAAACCCAGAUACAUGCAGUGGAGAGAGACCAUAAGCUCAACGGCCACCCUGGGAUUCAGGAUAGAGGGAGUCAAGAAGGAGGAUGGGACAGUGAACAGAGAUUUUAAGAAGACAAAGACGAGAGAGCAAGUUACUACGGCCUUUCACGACUUUGUCAAAGGAAAUAAGGACGUACUGAAUAGUUAUCUAUCCAGGCUGAAGGAAAUCAGAGACACUCUAGAUACCUCCUCGUUCUUCAAAACCCACGAGGUGAUUGGCAGCUCCUUGUUAUUCGUUCACGACAGUAAAGGGCGGGCCAAAGUCUGGAUGAUUGACUUUGGGAAAACCACGCCUCUCCCUGACGGAGAGGAACUCACCCACCGAGCAUUGUGGGUAGAGGGCAACAGAGAAGAUGGCUACUUUUCUGGACUUGAUAGUUUGGUGGACAUCAUUUCAACCAUGUUGAACUCUGAGACUUGAAGUCUGAGGAGUUUUGAAUCGAACAUUUGGACUCACAACAGUCGCUUCCGUUCAUCCUUUGCUCCUCGGGGGGGAAACACUCUGGAUUUCCUCGUGGAUGCUCUCAGACAUUUGUCCUCAUGUUGGUAAACACAUCAUCCCACAACACCCACUGGCCGAUUCACUGACGGAUGCAUUGUCUUUAUUCUUAUCCAGUGGAGGUUGAGGAUCUCCACCAUUCAUAGCCUUCUUGUGUUUUCCGUAACCCCUUCAGGGGUUUUUCCAGCAGGCAUUUUAACUUGUCACAGCAAGAGACACUCAGUAACAUUAACAAUGCCCCUGUAGUACAUGAGCCAGCAUGCACAACAUGUGCUUCUUCUCCUGGGACUUGUUAAAAUGACUGCUGUGAGAUAAGUGUAUUUUUCAUAUUCUAUAUAGUUCUCAAUACAAAUUCAAGGAAUAGGCAAGAACUGUUCUAUGUUUCUAUAUAUUCUAAGUUCCUCAAAGCCGAUGAAUCUCUCAUUACUUUUAAACUUGUAUGUGGGUCUCAACCCCAAACACAUUUUUUCUUUUAAGAUUUUUUUAUCAUGUUACAAAUAUUUAUUUUUAGAAGAAAACUAAAUAUGUUUUGUCUUUUCAUUGAAUUUGUUUGACACUAUGAAAAAUAUAAAAUAUCAUCUGACUUCAAAACAACUGUGUGCAAAAUGAAACACUGGCGCCCCCAGGUGGUAAAAUAUUAAAGUAAAUUAUAAUUAGAGUCAAAUUUUUCCUUAACAAACAAUUCUUCUGUCAUAAUUUGUGAUCCUAGUUUGACAGAUGCUUCAAUUCCAUAAAAACAGUUUGCAUAGUGAUUUGAAAAUUGGAUGGUUCAACACUUUUAGUACCAAUUAAGAAUUUUAAAUAACAACCUUGUUCCCAGCACCUUUGUAUAAUCUGCUAGACAUUUAAUUUUUUAGUUUACAUUUUUUAAACACAACUUCCACUCAUGUCGGUUUUCUUAAAAAAAGCACUUACAAUAAUUAUAUUUACACCAGUAGAGACUGUACAGUCGCAUGUGUUUUUACGCAUUAGAACAUGAUUUUAGGUUUGUUUUUACAGUGGAAAACGAAACUAGUCUCUUUUUCAAGCCAUAGUCAGAGUUUAGACGCCGUCGAUUUGUCGUCUAUGUUUUCGGACAGUUGUUGAAGUCAUUGUUUCAAAUUUGCCGCCAACAUGGAGACAUCGAGCGUUUGUUGCCACACACUCUUCACCCUCAUCACCCUCCUCACACGUUGUUGGGAUUGUUCACGAUGUACAGAAAGAUUGAAUAUGUUAGACGUAGGUUUUUGUUUUUGAUGUAACAUUACUUUAGUCAAACUCUGUGGAACACUCACAGCCAUGAACAAUCGUAAUUAAGCUAUACAGUGCCUUGACGUUACAAAGCCAAGUAACUGAAAACACGUCUCUGGAUGUUAUUGUCAUAGUCUUAAUGAUCAGUUCCUGGGUGCAUGUUUAUUAUCCUAUCUUAAUUUUGUAGUUCAUCCUGUUUUUAUUUAUAACAUUAUAUUGUGUUUGUAUUUUGUUAAUGGGAAACUGUGACAUUUUCAAUCCUGGGCUGUUGUGUUGUUUUGUCUUCAAGCAUGUUUAACAGUAGGAGUCAGGUUGCUGACAUUGUGGAUGACGACUAUUGGAUAACGACUAUUGAUAGGUUGAUUUACAAUCAGAGGAUGAGACCCAUUUACUGUCAUGGGGAUCGCAAACAGUCACUUAGAAUCUAACUUAGCUAUAACAGGUUCUUGAUGAACUGUACGAACAUGAUAGUCCAUGCAGUGCCUUCUUAAAGAGAUGGUCCAACAUUUUUGGGAAACGGACUUGUGAGCGUUCUUGUUGAGAGUUAAAUGAGAAAUAGAUCGACACCACCUUUGUAGGUAAAAUGUUUCAACCUUCUUAAUUAACCCUCAGCAAGAAACACGACAAGUGUGUUGGCCAACAUGUCCAACUGUUCCUUUCAGACCAAACGUCUUAGUUGUUUGCUUAUGCUCCCCAAUGUGCACUUAAGAGUUGUUUCUUAGUAGGUAGGAUGUUGUUCUUGGUUUUCUAUUUAUUUGGAUUGUCCUUUGAAAUAGUUUGUAUCUGGUGAGAAAGGUCCUGCUUCCAUGUGUAACUUUGGGAUCUCUUUAUCUAUGUAUCUAUUAGGGGUGUAGCGAUUCUCCAACUCCACGGUUCAGUGCAGACCUUAGCUUUACGCCAGGGAGAGAUUCAAAAGUAAAACUCCUCUGCCAAGGCACCAGAUCUGAUACAUUCAUAAAUACCAGUUCCCUUAAUGUGCCUGAUUUGUAUCAUCAAGAUCCAUGAAUUAUUCUGUGGGAAAAUGGUGAAAAUGGUGUUUGAGAAAGUGAAAAAAAGAAAACAAUCUUGGAUCCAACCUCUGAUCCAGAUCCCAUCUCGAAUGUAUGUCUUCUACUGUGACAUAUCUGCAUCCUUCCACCAAGUUUGGUAGAAAUCCGUGCAGUUGUUUUUAAGGUAUGAAAACAUAACCUCCUUGGUGGCGGUAAAAAAUUUGGAAGAGCAGUAAAUAUGGCCCUAACUCUAAAUAGAUCUUAACAUCAAUAAUGUAACAAGAGCUCAACAGGCUGUUGCUGAAGUGGAGACAGAGGGUUGGGGUUUCACAGUUCAGUCCUCCUGUAUCCUAACACCAGAAUGUGGACGUUUGUGUUACGGGUUUGGUCUCGUUUUCAGAAUCGUUACAGCCCUGAUAGAUCAUUUCUCCACAUAAUCUUCACUGACAACAAGAUCAUUGUCCCACAGGAUGAGGCGAUAAGAGCCCAUCCUGUACACAGUUCUGUGGAACUGUGGAUUCAAACCCCUGAACUUAAUAUUUAAUCAUUCCACCUGAUAAUACUGUUUUUCUGCAGGAGUGGUAGUUUGGUUUUGGCUCUUGUGCAAAAACUACUGUUAUCAGCAGGAUUUGAUCACGCACAGAAAGACCCCGACGUGUUUCUAGUUCAUCGCCUUAACCACUUUGCCACAACAACCACACACAACUUGGGAAAUUGUGUGUCCACCACAAACGUGCAUUUGAUAUUCUACCUUAGGAUCCUGACGUGACUUUUCCACUUGUGUGUAAAAUAUUUCCAUGCACUGCUGGAGGCUGAAAAUCCCAAAGUUUGAGACAAAAAGUUGCUUUUGCAAAAAUUGUUCACCCCCGACAUUCAUGCCAAUAAAGCAUUCUGAAUGGAAAAGAAAAAAAAAA